UUUUUUCUCUCUUUUUUUUUUUUUUUUUUUUUUUUUAAAAUGUCGACACGAAAAGCAUUACACAAGGCAAGCCAUGGGUUAAAAUAUAAACCCAUUUAUACCCCUCCUCCUCCACCCCCUCCACCCAAAGUCAAACCAAGAUUGGGACCAAUCUUGCUUGGUGGCUCUUUACUUUAUGUGACAGCGACUUAUGUAAGCAUGUUGGUGUUUAAGAGUAAAAGUGAUGUCAAUGACAUGGUUUCGGGCAAUGGGCCUGAGGACCCGACGUUGACACCUAAAAGCUUCGAUACUUCGAGUGUAUGGGAAACAGUAGCCAAGAAAUACGACGAUGAGAUCAAUUGGGAUGAAAUCAUUAUGGGUGUUGGUUUAUUGAGACGUUGGUUGGUUGGAAAGGCCAAGGGCGAUGUAUUAGAGGUGUCAACGGGAACAGGUCGUAAUUUUUCAUAUUAUAAAGCGGAUCAAGUGACUUCAGCUACGUUUACAGAUCGCCAUGAGCCCAUGUUGAAUGAAGCGAAAGAAAAGUUUGAAAAGUAUCAGGGUAAAUUCCAUCAAGCGUUCUUUGAGACGGCUAGUGUAGAGGAGAAGCAGAACAAAAAGUACGAUACUAUUGUGGAUACGUUUGGAUUGUGUUCUUGUGGAGAUCCAGUAGAAGCGUUGGUUCAGUUGGCAGAUCAGUGUAAAUCCCAAGAGUCUCGUAUAUUGUUGUUAGAGCACGGACGAUCUCACUAUGAUUGGUUAAACCGAUUGUUAGACACCAAUCUUGAUAAACAUGUCAAACAAUGGGGCUGUUGGUGGAAUAGAGAUAUUAUGGGGUUAUUUGGGGACGAACGAGUCAAGGAAAAAUUAGAGAUUGUACAAGUCUCCAGAUAUCAUUUUGGUACAACUUGCUACAUCAUUGCUAAACCUAAAUAAAAAUGUAAUUUUGGCGGCUUUUUUUUUUUGUGACGUGAUUAAAUUUUGUUUUUAGCCCCUUGACUAUUUUUUGAAAUUUUUUUUUUUCUUUUU